AUGUCCAGCCCAGUCCGACCUCCUUUGAACCCAGAGCUCGCCUCCGUACACAGCACAGUCCCCUUCAUAGACAUUGGCACCCCCUCUGCACUCUCCUCCUACCGCACUGCCAUCGUCCCCAUCUUCACUUUCGAAAACGCUCUGCAAGGCAAAUUAUCCACCAUCGCCACAACCGAACUUACCAUCCCAGGCCCAGCAGGCCCCAUGAUCGCCACAAUUUUCCGGUCCAGAAACCCCACGCGCUCCAUCUCCGAAACCCCGGGCAUCCUGCAUAUCCAUGGCGGCGGGCUCGCAACAGGCAGCCGCUUCCUGGGCUUGACAAUGCUCGACUGGGUCGAGGAGCUUGGCACUGUCAUUCUCACAGCCGAGUACAGACUCGCCCCGGAGCACCCGCAGCCUGCGGCGCUGGAGGACAGCUAUGCGGCCCUACAGUACAUGUCGGCUCAUUCGGAAGAGUUGGGGUUUAAUCUGGAGAAGCUUUUUGUCGCUGGUGGCUCGGCGGGUGGGACUCUCGCUGCGGGCGUGACCCUCCUUGCGCGGGACCGACAGGGUCCUAAGCUCGCGGGACAGGUGCUUAUGUACCCCUGGGUCUCCGACGCCAUGACCACGCACUCGAUUGAGCAGUUUGGGGACAUUUCGCCGGUGACGAAGGAGAGCUUAGCGACUGUGAAUGACUACACCUUUGCAGCCAGUCUAGAAGGGUUGCCGCCGACGCUGAUUGAUGUUGGUGAGGCGGACGUAUUUCGUGACCAGGCCAUUGAGUAUGCGAGUAAACUGUGGAGGGAUGGGGUCUCGAUGAGCUGCAUGUUUGGCCGGGAGCGUAUCAUGGUUAUGAUAUUGUUAUGCCAGAUGCUGAAAUCAGUAAGAAGACUUUCCAGGCGAGGCUGGAGUGGUUGA